UGGAUGGCGGUGCUCCGUUAUCCCCACCAACGUGUGUUCGACAUCACACUUUGUUGACUGCGCGGCGAGCAGACGAUCAGACAUUGCUUGACAUUGCACAUGAGUGGAACGCUAAGAUCGCGCGUGCGUGCCCUCAAUUUCGCGAUCAAGACAGUGUGUUUUUCGUUGUCAACAAGGCGAACAUUAAGAAAUUGUGUGACAGUGCAUCUACUUGGAGACACUAAAGUGCGAAUAUAUCAAGGAUAAGGAAAGAACCAUGCACCCUGAUCCGGGAAUUAUUUUUACAGCAUCUCCAGGUGUAUUGCGGCAGCGCAUGAUGGUGGCUGAUUUCGUGGGGAGGCAACAGAGUUGCUCGCCUGCAGGGGAGAUCCAUCAUGUAGGUCCCAUGGGGCAACCAGAAAUGUACGGCCCUGAGCACGUAUCUCCUUUAUCACCACAUUCUCCAGAAGCCUACGUCCAUGAUGGGUCCUAUGAAUUGAGUGUGAAGCGAAAAGAAUUAUUCACACAACGGAAACAGCGGGAAUUCAUUCCGGAUAAUAAAAAAGACGAUAGCUACUGGGAUCGUCGUCGCCGAAAUAACGAGGCAGCUAAGAGGUCGCGUGAGAAACGGCGUUUCAACGAUAUGGUGCUAGAACAACGUGUUGUGGAGCUUACUAAAGAAAACCACGUGCUCAAGGCACAAUUGGAGGCCAUUAAAGAAAAAUAUAAUAUCAAUGGAGAAACUUUGGUGAGUGUCGAUCAAAUAAUGGCGACGUUGCCAAAUGCGGAGCAAGUGCUGACUAUUACGAAGCGCGCCAAAAUGUAUGCUGGGAGUCCUGUGCGCAAUAUUGGCACAAACAUCACAGAAUCACCGCCGGUGGAACUUCAUCCCCCGUCUUUAUUCGCUCAUCACCCACCAUCCCUUCAUCCCGCCCUCUUACCUCCGAGUCCACAGCGUGAGGAUCUGCACCCGCCACUACACUAUCAGUCUUAUCCAGCCCCCCUGCCGGUACCAAACUUACCCAAACCAGAAGAUGCUCUUAAUCUGUCACGGCGUGCCGCCUCACCCUACGACGCCUCUUCCGGGAGCUGCGCAAGUGGUACGGCUAGUGGAGACGAUGAUCAUUGCUGCGAGGUGCCCGCUAUUGCCGUGACAGAUGUCAACCUGCCGUUAAAAUUGAGACAUAAGAGCCAUUUAGGGGACAAGGAUGCUGCUGCCAGUGCUCUGUUAGCGCUCCACCACAUCAAGCAGGAGCCUCUUCGUGCGUCUUCACCAUGGGCCGACGGUGAAGGAAGUAGCGAUGAGCGCGACUCCGGAAUUAGCGUAAGUGCAUCUGGCGAAGCAUGGUUGCGGCGUGGUACAGGACCUACAACAACAUUGGCUGUUGGUGUAGUGGGAAUCCUGGAUAAAGAAGAAGAGAACUGCCACCUCAAAUCACAACUAGCACGAUUGGAAAACGAAGUGGCGAGUAUAAAGAAUAUGAUGAUCCUCAACACUGGCGCCACAGCAGCAGUCCAGUGAACCGUGAUAGCAGAGGAGGCAUGGCGGUUUACAUUGAAGUACGACAGCAUAGUGAUCCCAAUUGACAAUUUAAGCGUCGACAACUCUCUGAUAUCUCCAUCAUAAAAGACCACGGUAGUGUGGAAAGAAGUCAUUAGAGAGUACUGGAGAAUUUUAUGUCAAACAUAUGAUUUCUCGAAUCCAACCUAGGCAACCUAGAGACUCCAAAAUGACUAAUCUUUACGAUUGUCAGUUGCGAGUCGAUCAUAAUUUCCUUUUCACACUUGCUUCUAGCGCGCAUCUAGCAAUAUACUACUGACCAAUAGUUUGUCCGAUUUUAUGAAUAUUUAGCAUUCUUUUUCAACAUUUUGUUCGGAAGAUUCCGUAAAAUUAUUUCAUAUUUUUCUUAGUUUUUUUUUAGUUCAACCUUGACCAUCGUAUUAUACGAAAACAAAGUAGGAGUUGGCCUUUUACCGGAUGCUAAUUUAUUCAUUUGGGCGGUGGACGGACUGAUGGUUUACAUUGCCCAGUCACGGCGCUCACGCCGUGACUCCGUUUCGACUCAGCAUUUCAAAGUGAAGAGGAUUAGUCGUGGUAUUGUCGUUUACCUCCAAAUUGACUGGUUGUGAUGACUAGUAGUUUUGACAAGUCUUAUCGACGUUGUGAGCAAGUCAGAGUCUCAGUGUAGUCGAACAUUGUCAAUUGGGAUUUGUUUUUACCCUUUCCAUAUAUUAUUUAUUUUCCCCCGUUGUUUAAAAUGCUAAUCUGCGUGUCUAGAAAAUUUAAGUUUGUUUGUUAAGAAUUGUAUCAGCUACAGAAGAGAUAAAUUCAUAUUUUUGUCCGUAACAUA